AUGGAGAACGCUUUUGCCCGACCCAUCUCGACUGUCCUCUCCCACUUCGGCGUCGACGAGCAUAAAGGCCUGUCCAAUCAACAAGUAGACGAGCUGCGAACAAAAUAUGGUCGAAAUUCUAUUCCGGACGAGCCUCCUACUCCCUUGUGGGAACUGAUAUUAGAACAGUUCAAAGACCAGCUAGUCAUCAUAUUGCUCGGUUCCGCAGCCGUCUCGUUUGUCCUGGCUCUUCUUGAGGACGAGGGCGGUUGGAGCGCCUUUGUUGACCCCGCAGUCAUCUUAACCAUUCUGAUACUCAAUGCCGUCGUUGGAGUGUCCCAGGAGAGCAGUGCUGAGAAAGCCAUUGCUGCUCUGCAAGAAUAUUCUGCCAACGAGUCCAACGUUGUGCGCAAUAACGGCCAUGUCUCCCGUCUGAAAGCCGAGGACCUUGUUCCUGGCGACAUUGUUACUGUUUCUGUCGGAGACCGCAUACCCGCCGAUUGUCGCGUCAUCGCCAUCGAAAGCAACAGCUUUGCAGUCGAUCAAGCUAUUCUGACUGGAGAAAGCGAAAGCGUUGGUAAAGAUGACGAAGCCGUCGUCGAGGACGAGCGUGCCGUGCUGCAGGAUCAGGUCAACAUGCUCUUUUCCGGAACCACUGUCGUCACGGGUCGCGCCAGGGCUGUUGUGGUUCUUACCGGCUCCAACACUGCCAUCGGAGAUAUUCAUGAGAGCAUCACCGCCCAAAUCUCCGAGCCCACCCCUCUCAAGCAGAAGCUGAACGAUUUUGGUGACAACUUGGCCAAAGUCAUCACCGUCAUUUGCGUUCUCGUUUGGUUGAUCAAUAUCCCCAACUUUAAGGACCCCAGCCACGGCAGCUGGACCAAAGGAGCCAUCUACUAUCUCAAAAUUGCUGUUUCACUUGGCGUCGCGGCCAUUCCCGAGGGUCUUGCCGUCGUCAUCACUACCUGCCUGGCUCUAGGCACGCGCAAGAUGGCUGCUAAAAAUGCCGUCGUCCGCAGCCUGCCUUCAGUCGAAACUCUGGGAAGCUGCAGUGUCAUCUGCUCCGACAAGACUGGCACCUUGACCACGAACCAAAUGAGCGUCAACAAGAUUGUCUAUCUAGAUGAAGCCGGCAACGAUCUCACGGAACUCGACGUCGAAGGCACAACUUUCGCUCCCAAGGGCGCCGUCACCGCCGGCGGCAAGCGUUUGGAGAAUCUCACCGAAUCUUCCGACACUGUCCGCCAGAUGACCGAAGUUGCCGCCAUCUGCAACGACGCUCACCUUGCUUACGAUUCCCGAUCCGCAACCUUCUCCAACGUCGGCGAGCCUACUGAAGGUGCGCUCCGUGCCCUUGUCGAAAAGGUUGGCCCACGCGCUCCCCACGGUGCUCAUCCAGAGGAUUGUCUUCACCACGCCAGCUCCCACUACGAGAUGCAGCUUCCACGCCUUGCUACUUUCGAAUUCUCUCGCGACCGAAAGAGCAUGUCCGUGCUGGUCCAAGCUGGAAAGCAAAAGAAGCUUCUUGUCAAAGGUGCCCCCGAGUCCAUUAUCGAUCGCUGCUCUCACACCCUUCUCGGAGCCAACGGCAAGAAGGUUGCUCUUGACCGCAAGCUUUCCAAUCUGUUGAUGAAGGAAGUUGUGGAUUACGGUAAUCGCGGCCUCCGUGUCAUUGCACUGGCCAGCAUCGACGAUGUUUCAAACAGCCCAUUGCUGUCUGCUAAGACCACGGAGCAGUACGCCCAACUGGAACAAGGCAUGACUUUCUUAGGCUUGGUUGGCAUGUUGGAUCCUCCCCGAGAGGAGGUUCCUGGGUCCAUCCAGAAGUGCAAGGAAGCCGGCAUCCGCGUCAUUGUCAUCACUGGAGAUAACCGCCACACGGCAGAGAGUAUUUGUCGCCAAAUUGGCGUUUUCGGCGCGCACGAGGAUCUCACUGGCAAGAGCUACACGGGCCGGGAAUUCGAAAACCUCAGCCCUGGAGAACAGCUGGAAGCUGCAAAGAGAGCCUCCUUGUUUUCUCGCGUUGAGCCCGGGCACAAGUCCAAGCUUGUCGACCUGCUCCAGUCCCUUGGGCACGUCGUUGCCAUGACUGGAGACGGUGUCAACGACGCCCCUGCGUUGAAGAAGGCGGACAUUGGUGUUGCCAUGGGUUCUGGCACUGACGUCUCCAAGCUGGCUGCGGAUAUGGUCCUCGCGGACAGCAACUUUGCCACCAUUGAGGUCGCCAUCGAAGAGGGUCGCGCCAUUUACAACAACACCCAGCAGUUCAUCCGGUACCUCAUUUCUUCCAACAUUGGCGAGGUUGUUUCCAUCUUCCUGACCGCUGCUCUCGGCAUGCCUGAAGCUCUCAUUCCGGUGCAGCUGCUCUGGGUUAAUCUGGUUACGGAUGGCCUUCCUGCAACCGCCCUUUCCUUCAACCCCCCCGAUCACGACAUCAUGAGACGCCGGCCUCGGAAAAGGGAUGAUGCUCUGAUUGGCGGAUGGCUCUUCCUGCGUUAUAUGGUCAUAGGAACCUACGUCGGACUGGCCACUGUUGCUGGAUACGCUUGGUGGUUCAUGUACAACCCAGAGGGGCCCCAAAUCACUUUCAAACAACUCUCCCGUUUCCACCACUGCACUGCCGACUUUCCCGAAAUUGGCUGCGACAUGUUCUCAAACGACAUGGCCAAGGCGGGCUCGACGGUAUCUUUGUCCAUCCUGGUUGUCAUUGAAAUGUUCAACGCCAUGAACGCGCUUUCGUCUAACGAAUCUUUGCUUUCCUUGCCUCUGUGGAAGAACAUGAUGCUGGUCUAUGCCAUUGCCUUGUCUAUGGCCCUGCACUUUGCACUUUUGUACAUUCCCUUCCUGCAGUCUCUUUUUGCCAUUGUGCCCCUCAAUGGUACAGAGUGGAAGGCAGUUGUUUUGAUCAGCGCCCCUGUCAUCCUGCUUGACGAGUUGCUUAAAUUUGUCGAGCGAAAUUUCUUCAUGCAAACGACUACGUACGAGACACAGGCGACCAUCAAGGAGGACAAGAAGCAGUUGUAG